UACUAAUUAAUUCAUAGAAUUAAAACAUACUCCCUCCGCUUGGAAAAAGCCUUCCCACUUUGACUAUAAGACAAAAUAAAGAAGUAUAAAAUUAUAGUUGAUUUUCAAUUUUGCCCCUGAUGUGAUGGGUAAAAGUAAGAUGUGAUGGAUAGAUUAUUAGAGAAAAAGUAUGAUGUGAUAGGCAUGGUAUGAAAAAGUAAGGGUAAAAGUGAUUUUUUAAUAAAAAGAGGAAGUGUUUUGUUGGAAAUGAAAAAAAUGAAAGAGGAAGUGUUUUUGAGAACGGGGGGAGAGUAUGAAAUUUUACGGUAAAGUGGCUAUAUUUAUCAAGCCGGCCAACAUGUAUGCAGUUUCAAAGCUUGUUACUACAUUAUUAUAUAUAGGACUUCUUAAACAUGUUCUUCAAAGACAAGUGCAAGCGACUCCCAUACGUUUACAACAUGCUAGUGAACAUGCUGUGGCGCCACCCUGACAAAGUGGAGCUCACCAAAGCCAAAGUUGUCCACUACUGCGCCGACGGCGCCAAGCCGUGGCGGUACACCGGGAAGGAAGAUCAGAUGGGCCGGGAUGAGAUCAAGGUGCUCGUGAACAUGUGGUGGGACAUCUACAAUGAACCAAGUCUCGAUUACAACAGCCACUCUCCUAAGAACAUCAGCUAUAAUAAUAAUGGUGUCUACGCCACCUAUGGAUUAGAUGGCGGCGAAAGCCGUGAGGUGGUCACAAGUGCAGAUGGUAGGAAUCUGACGACCAUUAGUCCAUUAUCAGCGGCGUAGUGUUUGGUUUGGAUCAAGGUUUUUAUGUACUCCCUCCGUCCCAUAAAACAUUUCCUGUUUUUAAAAAUGGCACGCCUUUAAAAUGAGUAAUUUCAGUGUUAUUUUUUUAAUUAUGACUAAUCUAUUCUACACAUCUCAUCAUACUCUUUUAAGAAGUAAGGGCAAAAUUAGAAAAUAACACCAAAAUUACUCAUUUUAAGAGUCGCCUUUUUUGAAACGGGAAAUGUUUUAUGGG